AUGGAGUCAGGACAAGGCGGCGGCGGCGGUGGUGGCUCGAGUAACUCGAGCGACUUUGUCCGCAAGUUGUACAAAAUGCUGGAAAACCCCACCGAUGAAAAUGUAGUGAGGUGGGGCAAUGAAGGCGACAGUUUCGUGGUUCUCGAGAACGAGAAAUUCACCAAGCACAUCCUCCCGAAACACUUCAAGCACAGCAACUUUGCGAGUUUCGUCCGCCAGUUGAACAAGUAUGACUUCCACAAGGUCCGGCACAACAACGAGGAAAAUGGGCAAUCGCCAUACGGCGCAGGGGCUUGGGAGUUCAAGCAUCCGGAUUUCAAAAUGAACAACAAAGAUGCGCUCGACAACAUUCGAAGGAAAGCGCCUGCGCCGAGGAAGCCUGCCGCGAAUCCGGAGGACAUGGUGAUCCCGACGCAGCAGAUGGACAUGUUCAACACGCAGCUGGUCGCCACGCAGCAGCAACUGCAGCAGCUGCAAGAUCGCUACAAUGAGCUGAGCAUACACCAUUCGAUGCUCCUUCAAGAACUUGUUGGAAUGCAGAAAACGAUUGUCAACCACGAGCACAUCAUGCAGAGCGUCAUGAGCUUCUUGCACUCCGUUGACGCACAGCGCCGGAGGGACAGCAGAUUGGUCCAUCCCUUCCCAGCAGAAGGCGGGGCUGCGGCGCACAAUGGAAAUGUAGACCCUGCGAACCAACAAAUGGCGCCUGUAGAAAACGACGCGCCAGCUUCGCCGCUGCAGCACGCAUCCAAGUUGCUCAGCGAAACCAACGCCGACGUCAUGCUCAAUCCUCGAAAUUUGGAGCACAUGAACGAAUUGGCGAUGCGCAUGAACGGCACUCUCACCACCCCGCCGCCCGAUUUUAGUCGCAACGGUACGCGCCCCGCCAGUCGCGGCGCAGCACCGCACUCCGCCAGCUCCUCGGCUUCCGUGCGCGUGGGAGGAGACAUUGACAACCUUGUGUACCCUGUUGGCCAAAGCAACGGCAUUGACCCCAUGUAUAGCGAGCACCUCCCCAACAUUCCCUACCCGAUGCCAACCAAGCCGAUUGUGACUGCUGAACAGCGCAAGAAGAGCGCUCAAGUUGACCCCGGCUGGAUCCGGCAACCUCAGAUUUUGCUUGUUGAAGAUGAUCAAACCUGCAGGCGGAUUGGAAGCAAAUUCCUCUACGCGUUCAACUGUUCUAUCGAUAGCGCGCUGGACGGCCUGGAGGCGGUAAACAAGAUGAACCAGGGUUCCAAGUACGAUUUGGUGCUCAUGGAUAUUAUUAUGCCCAACUUGGACGGAGUUUCUGCUUGUCACCUCAUUCGCCAGUUCGACACUACACCCAUCAUUGCGAUGACGUCCAACAUUCGGAGCGACGAUAUUUCUAUGUAUUUCCAGCAUGGUAUGAACGAUGUUCUUCCCAAACCCUUCACCAAGGAAGGGUUACUCCAAAUGCUUGAGAAGCACCUCGCGCAUUUGAAAAAGCCAUCCCACACCAUGGACGCCAUGGUGCCUCCUCCUGUGCAAGCUGCACCAACGCUCGCACACAGUUCGAACAGGCCCUCCCUCAAAGACGAAGAUUCUCCCGGAAAGUCCCCCACAACUGGUAGCAACUGGAACUCGCCCGGUCAACUCCCGGGAGUGUCUCCUGUAGCCAGCAGUGUGACUGACGAAUACUUGAACACGGUUCAAGCUGUUCAGGGUCAUCCUGCAGCCUAUGGAGUUGCCCCACCCGGCGUUGGCGCUCCUAUGCAGGCAAGCAUGCAGUACAACACGUCGCCACAGCUGCCGUUGGCUGCGAGACAGCAGAGCGGCCCGCACCGCAGACAAAUAUCAGAGAUUACCGGAGGGGAAGAUUUGAACAACGCGAAGCGUCAACAAAUAUACGCCACUGGUCCAAUGCAGCCACAGGCGAUGAAUCCGAUGCAGAGGCCACGGUAA